AUGAUGGCACAUAUCAUCGAAGAGGAGUUAAAAAAUAUUAUAAGGGAUAUAUACGUAUCCCCUAUAUUGACUAAUAGUAGUAGAACAGUAAAAAGAGAAAUUGCAUUUUUCCUCGGAUUAAAUAUUAAUGAAUUACUAAAUCCAUUGGGGGGAUCUGAUUAUUUAAUAAUUGAUGAAAAAGAAAAUGUUGAUUUAAGUUUAAAUGCAAAUAUUAAUAUAAAUUAUAUAAAUAAAAAUAAUAUUUUAUCUGAAAAAAUAUUAAGUAAUAAAAAUUUUAAAGUAUCUUUUAUAGAUGUAGAAGAUUAUGAAAAUCUAAAAUUAGAACACAUUGAAAAAAUAUUAAUAGAUAAUAUUUCAUAUAAUGAACCACAAUAUUCUGACAUAUAUAAUAAAUCUAAUUUAGAUGCAUAUUUUAAUAAAAAUAAUAAGGAUAAUAUUUAUACAAAUAUAAAAUAUUUUGAAAAUAUAUGCUUAAAUUCAAAAAUUGUUCAUAAAGAUAUUAAAAAUGAUAUUAAAAAAAGACAAAGCCAAUAUUCAUCCUAUAAUGAAAAUCAAAUUGUAUGUCAAACAGUUGACAAAUUCAAUACAAAAAAUAAACAAAAUAAAUAUGAUCAAUAUAUAAAUGAUUCUACUGCAUCUGAUUCUUCCGAACAAAAUAAUAUAACUCGUAUACAAAAAUAUAAUGCUUUUUUUUUGCCAUGGUUUUAUAAUUAUUUUAAAACUUCAUGGAAAUAUAUGCAUCUAUAUAAUAGUUUGUCUGUCUCCCCAUUAGGUAUCAUAUGCAUAUGUAGUACCAAAGAUAACGAUAUUAUUAAUUUAUAUAAAUCUAUGAUCAAUUAUAAUAUUAAAAAAAAUAAUGUAUAUAUUAAUUCAAAUAUUCCUAAAUGCAUAAUAUUACUACAUGUAUCAAAUAGUGACGAUGAUGAAAUAGAAACAGAUGUUCAAAAAAUUUUUGUAAACAUUCAAUCAAAUUUUUUAAACUAUAAAUGCCAUUUAUUAAUUAUAAAAGCUAGAAGAUUUAUAGAUGCAUGGGAUAAAUAUCAUGAUAAUAAAGAAUCGCAAAUAAAUUUGAAUUAUCAUAUUCCAUCAUCAACCAAUAUAAACAAUCAAAAUGAAGACCAUAAUGAACAUAACUUAAGCACACACCAAACAGUAGAAAGUAAUGGAAAAGACAAACAGCCAAAUGAAUUACAACCAGAACAAUACAUCAAACUAAAUCAUAUUCAAACAUUUUAUGCAAACUAUUUAGUUGCAAACCCUUUUAAAGAAAUUAACAAUAAUAAUAAUAUAUCCGUUUUUAAAAAUGUUAAGGAUAUUGAAGAUUUUCAAAAAAAAAAAAAAGAAUUAUCAACUGAUUUAAAUAAAAUUUAUGAAUAUAUAAAUUCAGAUAAUGUAAUAUAUAUAAGUAAAAAUACACCUCUAUAUAUUGACAAUAUAUAUUUCUGCUCAUGUUUAAAUCAUAUAGAUAUUAUAUCAUUAAAAAUGUUUAUACAUAAUUUUGUAAAGACAAGAGUUCUUUCAUAUAUCACUACAAUCACUAAUAAUAUAAAUAACCUAAUAUUAAGUAAUAAAAAAAGUAUAAAGAGCCAAUUAAAAUUUAUGUGGAAAAAAACAAAGUUUAAUUUUACUACAUCUGAUGCAGCUUUAUAUGUUGCUGAACAAACUAGCAAUGCUAUUAUGACAGCAGCACAAAAUGUACUAGCUCCGAAUUUAGACAUGUAUGAAGGAAAAACACAUUUAAAAGGUUUGCAAAUAACUGAUGGGAAAACAGAUACCCCUAAUAAUAGCCAAACAAAUUAUUCUACUUAUGAAAAUGAAUCAGAAAAUUAUGAUAAAGAUCCGAGUUCUGGUGUCGCUGGAAAUGAUAAUUAUGAAGGUGCAUUAGCUAAAAAUAAAGAAGAUGGAAAUAUAAAAAAUGUAUCAAAAAUAGAAAGUGCUGAAGAAAGUGGAAUAAAAACGUAUAAUAAAGAUUCAUUAGAAAAUAUGUAUAAAACUUUAAGUGAUAUUUAUUUUAUUUUAGAAGAAUAUGAACUUUCUUAUAAUAUAUUAAAAAUAUGUAUAAACGAAUUUAAACAUAGUAAAGAAUAUGCUUAUUUAGCAAGUCUAUAUGAAUUAUUUAGUUUGUGUAUUUUUAAUAUGAGCAAUAUAAAUAAAAAAGAUAUAUUAUAUUAUCUUGAUAUGAGCUAUCAAAUGUAUUAUAAAAUAUUUUAUCUAAACAACAUGUUUAUAUGUUCUAUACUUAAUUAUUAUAUGUCUAUAAUUUGUGACAUUAAAACAGAUGAACCAGUCAAUAUACUCAUCAAUGCAAAUUUUGACUUCUCAUGCAUUGACGAUAAAAUUAGCACAAGAAAUAAUAUAAGCAAAUUGGAAUUCCAAAUUAAUAAUAUUAGAUCAGCUUUAUUACUAGAGCAAAUUACAUACAGUUAUAAAAAACCGAAACCCGCUAAAAAUAAAAAUAUAAUUGAUAAAUCACGAGAAACGCCUAUCUAUCGUCAUUCCCAAAUUAUAGAACCCACCAAUUUAGAAAAAAAACUAUCUUAUAAUACUUCAACAAGUUCACUAAAUAAUGAUAAGAAUGUUUUUCAAUAUAGUAUGUCUGGAAAUGACAGUUCAGCAAUGUAUAAUACGAAGCAUAGUUUGGAAGGCGGUACACAGAAUAGCCAAAACAUGCACCGAGAUAGUGUUUAUGCACAAAAUUGCCAAAACGCGCACCGAGAUAGUGUUUAUGCACAAAAUAAGGAUCGUAAUUCAAGUCUUGAAAAUAUAAAAAAAAUAAACCUAAUGAGCAAAAUAGAAGAAAAUGAUCAAAAAUAUAAAUCCAGAAAAUACUUAUUCGAUUUGACAUUAGCUGGACAUACAUUUAAUAAAUGUGGAUUUAAAAAAUUAGCUUUAUUUUGCUAUUCAAAAUCUUUAAAAAAAUAUGAAAAAAAAAAAAUGAAACAUAUAUAUGAACAUUUACAUUUUAUGAUGGCUAGACAAGCAUUUAGCAUAAACCUAUAUUAUGAAGCAUUACAACAUUAUAUAUGUAUUUUAAAUUCUAUAUCUAAAUAUUAUGAGCAAUCCUAUAUCCUUAACAGAAAUAUAGAUAUAUAUUCGAUAUCAGUAGAUAAAGAAAUUAAUUUUAUAAGAGAAUUUGCAUAUGUCUACAAAAUAUACAUGGAUAAAGUAUUAAACCUUUUUACUAAACCAAAUGGAAAACAAAUAAACUCAUUUUCUGAAAUUGAUUCCAUUUUUAACGACACAAAUUAUGAGCAAAAAAAAAAUAUAGAUGGUCAUGAAAAUAGUAAUGCAUCAUCCGAAUAUAAUAAGAAUAAUCCUGGUGAUAUUAUAAAACCUUUGAAUUUAAAAAUUCCAUUAAUUUGCCAACGAAAUAAUGAAAGCUUAUUUGCUAAUUCGAUUUAUGUUUCUAAAACAAAUAUAUAUAAAUUAAAAAAAAAUAAUAGUAUAAAUAAUAUUAAUUAUUUUGAUAUAUUUGAAAAUAAUUUAUAUAAAAUAAAAAAUUAUAACACAACUAUACAAGAUAUGUAUAGUAUUAUGACAAAAGAUGUAAACCAUAUUUCGAGUGAUCAUAUUAAUUCUUUAAAUUAUUUAUUUAUUACUUAUAAAAAUUUUAUUAAUUCAAUAUAUAACAACUCUAUAGAUUUAGAAAAUGGUGAAAUAUGUGCCCCUGAAAAAGGGAAAAAUAAACAAAACGACAACAUCGAUGCAAUUGAAAAGAUAAAUCAAAAUAAUAUACCUAUUGACACACAUAGCUAUCCUAAUAAAGAUGAUGGCUUUUUUCAAAAAUCGGUCAACAUCUCUCCGUUUGUUUGUAUCGAAAAUAAAAAUCUGUUUAUUUCAUAUACAAACGAGUUGAGAGAAAAACUUAAAAACAGUAUCGAAUUUUCAAAUAAUGCUCAAAUAAAAAAUAUAUAUCAAACAAAUUUUUCUAAACAAGAACUUCAAAUUAAUAAUAAAUAUAUUCAAUAUGCAUCGAAAGGGGAUUUAAUUUUUGUCACAUUUACUUUGAUCAAUCCUCUUCAUACAAAAGUAGAAUGUCAAGGUACACAUUUAUGUGCAUAUUUUUAUAAUCAAAAAAUAAAUCAAGAUAUUAUUGUUGAAAAAAAAAUUCUUAUUCUAGAAUCAAAAGAAUCUCGUACUUUCACUUUAUAUCUUCGUCCACUUAAACAUGGAUUACUUUUUAUCUCAGGAAUUGUUUGGGAUCUGUUUGGACUCGUAAAGACAUAUCAAAAUUUUUACACUCAUGGAUUAAAACAGUUAAACAAAAGAUUCGAUAAAAUGCAUAAAUUAAAAUAUGAUGAAAUAUUUAAUGUAGAUGAUGAUAUACAAAAAAAAAAUAAAAUUAUUAAAAAGUUAUAUAAAGAAAAUAAUAAAUAUAUAUGGUCAAAUAAUAUAGGAAUGAUUCAAAAGAGAAGUUUAAAAAAAACAGAUACCUACGAAAUAGAUCAUAGAUUAUUAUAUUAUAUAUAUGAUAAAACAUAUUUAUUUGAUUUUAUAUUUGAAAAUAUUUAUUCAAAAAAUAGAAAAAAACAAAAUAAUUAUGAAAUUGAUUUAAUAGAACUAUUAGAAGGUGAAGAAAUGGAAAUCAAAUUUAAAAUUGUUAAUCAUUCAUCAAUACCAUUAACAUAUUUGAAUUUGUGUAUAACACCUUGUAACUUGUUUACAUGUUAUAAGGUUGACUAUAAUGAUAAUACUACAUUUAAUGUCUUAGAGAAUUCAUUAAACUCGAUACAAAAAUGUGAUAAUUAUAAAACAGAACAAAAUAGUGAUGACUCUAUUUCUAUUGAUAACGAAUUAUAUUGCGAAGAGUUUGUCGACAUAAAUAACUGUUCCGUUUUUAAGCAAAAGUUUAAAAAUAAAAAUAUACAAAAUAUAAAAAUAAAAGGAAAUUUAAAAAAAAAUGAUACAUUUAUUUUAUAUCUUAAAGUUGAUUCAACAUAUAGUGGAUUUCAUAAAUGUCUUAUAACUAUGAUAUGUGGAAAUGACAUUAAUAAUAAUCCAAAUAAACAGACAAAUAAUGUUUCUUUAACAUACCCUGAUAUUUUCCUUGAAAAAAAAGAAUCAUCCUACUUAUUCCUUAGAAUGCUUAAUGUUAUACCUAUAAUCAAACUUAUCACAUAUCCUUUAAAUAAAUAUAAUAAUGAACAAAAUUUUAUUUAUUUCCUUUUUCAAAACUUAUGUAAAAAUGGAAUUUAUUUAUAUAAUUUACAUCUUGAAUAUAAUCCCAAUAGCACAGAUAAAGGAAAACAUAUAUACACAAAUUUUACAGAAACAAAUGAAGCUAAAGAGGAUAAAAAUAAAUAUAUAAAACUAUUUAAUUUUUAUUCCUCAAAUAUUUUAUUUAUAAAAAAAAAUCAAACUCUUACAUCCUUAUUCUAUUCAGAUAAAAACAUUAUGCAAAACAACAUGUUAGAACAUCAUUCCAUGGAUCAUUUAGACAGUUUGAUAUCCUCCCUUCAUACUUCCUUUUUUGUAAAUAUAAAUUGGAUAUCUAACCAAUCUGGUGUUUUAAAAAAAGGAUAUAUAAAAAAAAAAGUAACCUUUUCCAAUGAUAUAUUAACUUUUUCAGUCGAUCCAUUUGAUAAAGAUAUAUUUAUAAAUAAUCAAAAUGACAAACUUAUAAAAAUUGGAAUUAACAUACAUAAUAAUUCCAAUUUCGAUAUUUUUGAUUGUUAUGUACAUGCUAGAGAAAUGGAAGCAAUGCAUUUUCUAUCCACAGUCGACCAAGUUGGUGAUAAAGAAAGUGAUACAAGUUUUAGUGAUGAAGAUGUAGAACCUGUAGAUGGUAAAUAUAUGCAUACUGAUUAUGAGGGUCAAAAUAUUUAUGAACAAAAUAGUGAACACAGUUCUGAACAUAAUUCUGAUUUUUCCGAAAUAUAUGAACAUAUAACCAAAGAAAUUAUAAAUGUCAAAAAUCAAAUAAAAGUAGAUAAAAUGGAAGAAAAAAAUAAAAUAAUUUCCCACUACUCAUAUAAAUCAACCUUAGCUGACGAAAUAAAUAUUCAAAAAAAUUCUAUAAGUGCAAAAAUUAAUGUACCAAAAUAUAAUCCCAUAACAGAAAAUUAUUAUAAAAGUGACAAUAACAAUUUCGAAGUAUCAGUUAUGAACUAUUCUACAUUAUCUAAUUAUAAAAAUAGUGAACAUAUUCAAAAUAAGGAAGACAAAUUAGGGUAUAGCUUAGAGAAAAAUAAUAUUACUGAUUUUUCAAUAGGUCUUACACAAAAAUCUAAAUUAAUUGAUAAAAAAAAAAAAAAACUUUACAAUCUUUUUGUCCAUAAUACCUUUAUACACGAUUACAACAAUCCUAAUGAUUUUCUUCGAUUAACAUAUGAUGAAAUAAAUAAAAAAGAAAAGAAAAAUUCUGAACAGUUUAUUUCAAUGAAUGGUUUUACCUUUGUAGGAAUAAUACAAAAACAUAUUAAAAAAAUCAAAAAACACACACAAAAAAAAAUAUUUUUUAAUAUCCUUUUUACAAAAGAAGGCAUUUAUAAUAUAAAUAAAUUUCAUGUUGUGUUUAAGUUGAAUGGCGAAUUUUUUAUGUUUAAACCUUUAAAUGAAUUAAUUGUCCAAAUUCAUAAAUAA